GCAACUGUUUGUUCGGCCUUCCCCUCAGUACAAGGCAUCGUCUCAUGAUUCAUUCAGCCAAACACAGACAACACCAGACGGGUUAGACCACAGACACUCUACCGAGCCCCGGAAAUACAGAGGCUGGGGGGUAUAAACAAAGAGAAGCAAGUUUCCCCACUAAAGAGCGGAAUUAGCUAGCUUGUCAUGGCGGAGGUCGGUGAGGUUUUGAUGUCCGUGUUAUCCACAAUUCGUGUUCCGAAGCCCGGGGACCGUGUCCACAAAGACGAAUGCGCCUUGUCAUUUUCCUCGCCGGAAAGCGAAGGAGGACUGUAUGUGUGCAUGAACACUUUCCUUGGCUUUGGAAGUCAGUAUGUGGACCGGUACCAUGCCCGGACUGGCCAAAGGGCUUACUUACACAUAACCCGGAUUCGCAAGGCUAAGAAGGAAGAUGACAAUAGCUCUGGAUCUGGACACCCGCCAAAGAAAAAGCCCACCAGAUUGGCUAUAGGGAUUGAAGGAGGGUUCGAUGUGGAGCAGGAGCUGUAUGAGGAGGAUGUAAAGGUGGUCAUCUUACCUGAUAGACAGGAAGUGACAUCAGAGGACCUUGCUACCAUGCCCGACGUUGUGAGAGAGCGGGUGUCCCUGUCAAUGGCGGGUAUCAUGGCAGCCGAUUCAGUGUCUCAUGCCUUACAAGUUCAACAAUGGGAUGGAGAGGUGAGACAGGAAUCAAGGCAUGCUGCUGACCUUAAACAGCUUGACAAUGGAGUCAAGAUCCCUCCCAGCGGCUGGCGGUGUGAGGUGUGCGACCUCCAGGAGAAUAUUUGGAUGAACCUGGUAGACGGCAAAUUGCUGUGUGGUCGCCGGUAUUUUGACGGCUCCGGGGGCAACAACCAUGCCCUUCUACACUUCCGGGAGACAGGAUACCCAAUUGCUGUCAAACUUGGUACUAUCACUCCUGAUGGAGCAGAUGUGUAUUCCUAUGAUGAGGAUGACAUGGUAUUGGAUUCCAAGUUACCGGAGCACCUGGCUCACUUUGGCAUCAACAUGAUGACCAUGGAGAAGACCGAACGGACAAUGACGGAGCUGGAAAUCGCUGUGAACCAGCGCGUGGGGGAGUGGGAGGUAAUCCAGGAGUCGGGGACCACCCUGCGGCCCAUGUUUGGGGCCGGUUUGACUGGCAUGAAGAAUCUGGGUAACAGUUGCUACCUCAACUCUGUCAUGCAAGUGCUCUUCACCGUUCCAGACUUCCAGAACAAAUACGUCUCUAACAUUGACAAGAUCAUUGAUGAAGCCCCAAGUGACCCCACCCAGGACUUCAAAACCCAAGUAGCCAAGCUCGGCUAUGGUCUGUUGUCGGGAGAGUAUUCCAAACCAGCGCCAGACCCUGCUGAUGAAAAUGGUGCAUCUGAACCCCGGGGAGACCAAAUUGGUAUAGCACCACGGAUGUUCAAAGCACUUGUUGGGCGGGGCCACGCAGAGUUCUCUACGAAUCGACAACAGGAUGCGCAGGAGUUUUUAUUGCACUUCAUAAAUAUGGUGGAGAGGAACUGUCGCUCUGGGUCCAACCCAUCCGAAGCCUUCAGGUUCCUGGUGGAGGAGAGGAUCGUGUGUCAGCAAUCGCAGAAAGCCAAGUACACGCAGCGGGUGGACUACAUCGUCCAGCUGCCGGUGCCGAUGGACCAGGCCACCAACACAGAAGAGCUUCAGGAGGCAGAGCGCCGGCGUGAGGAAGGGGACUCAUCCGCCCCCACAGUGCGCGCACAAAUCCCCUUCACAGCUUGCAUGGCGGCCCUCAGUGAACCGGAGAUCCUCACAGACUUCUGGAGCUCGGCUGUGCAGUCCAAGACUACCGCUACCAAAACAACCCGCUUUGCCUCUUUCCCCGACCACCUGGUCAUCCAAAUUAAGAAGUUCACCUUUGGCCUUGACUGGGUUCCCAAAAAACUGGACGUGAGCAUUGACGUUCCUGACACUCUGGACCUGAGCGCCCUGCGCGCAACUGGCCAGCAGCCGGGCGAGGAGCUUCUACCAGAGGUGGCCCCGCCCCCACUCAUGACCCCAGAUGUGGAGGUUAAAGGUAUCCUGGGUUUCCAUGGCAACGAGGAGGACGACUCGCUCUACUCCCCACUGCUGUCUCCAGUCCUUGAUGACUCCACUGUGUCCCAGUUAUGUGAAAUGGGAUUCCCACUGGAGGCCUGUAGGAAAGCUGUGUAUUACACUGGGAACACUGGAAUCGAUGCUGCCAUGAAUUGGAUCAUGAGCCAUAUGGAUGACCCAGACUUUGCGGCCCCCCUGGUGUUGCCGGGCUGCAGCUCCGGGCCCGGGACCACACCCACUGAGAGCCUCUCUGAGGAGCACCUGGCAACCAUUGUCUCAAUGGGCUUCAGCCGAGACCAGGCAACCAAAGCACUUCGGGCCACGAGUAAUGUCCUGGAGCGGGCCGUGGACUGGAUCUUCUCCCACCUGGACGACCUGGAGUCCAUGGACGUGUCGGAAGGCGGGCGCUCAGCCGCAGAGAGCGAGGGGGGCAGAGACCCUCCUCCCCCCGGGCCUCGUGUCAAAGACGGCGCAGGCAAGUAUGAGCUCUUUGCGUUCGUCAGCCACAUGGGGACGAGCACAAUGUGCGGCCACUACGUCUGUCACAUCAAGAAGGAUCAGCAGUGGGUAAUCUUCAACGAUCAGAAGGUCUGCGCUUCAGAGAAACCUCCCAAAGACCUCGGGUACCUCUACUUCUACCGGAGAGUGGCUGAAUGAGGCGAGGACACGUUGGACCCGGGGUGAAGGAGAGGAAUCAUGGCCGCUAACACAAACACACAAGACAGCAUUUGUAGUCACCUCCCACCAAGCUCUUACAAGUCCCCCGGCAUGCUUCACAACUGACUUGGGUGUAAAUAAGUCUCUCAGAUUGCAGUAAUUCAUUUAACUGGGAGAUAUGCAGACGUACAAGCCGGGUGUUUGGGAGGGAAUCUUGUUCCAUUGAUUUACAAUCCAUGAGCCCGUUAAAGAGAAGCGCAUUCAUUUAUUUACCAGGACAACUGUGCCGAGUAAAAUCGGUUAAAACACGUGUUCCAGGUUUUACUCAGAAAUUGUAUCCAGAUAAUUCGGACGGCUUCAUGAAACAGGCCCCCCGAACAUGAGAGGGUUGCUUAAUCGAUUUUCUCCUUGCUUGGCUGUCUCAUAAUUCAUGCCCUGACUACUGUCACAGACACCCCCCCCAUCAGAAUAUGUUGCUUUCGUUGGACGGUGUCAACAUUUUAGCCGGGCAGCAAACAUCUAAGUAAAAAAAAAAAAAAAACAUUGUUAAAUGUCCACAACGAGAGGAAAUGCCACUUAGUCACACAAACAGCUCAAAUAUGUGUUACGAAAAGAAGAAAAACAAGUCACAACGCUAAACCUGACCAACGGUAAUCCUCAGUUUUUUUCAUUAGUUUGGUGAGGGUGAUAUCUGGGUGGUUUGUUUCCUGUUUCAUUUUGCAAACAAAUCCUUUGUUACUUCUGCUGUGACAAAUAAAGAGUUGUCUGACA